AUGGAGAGAUUGAAGUUAUUUUUAAUUCUCCUGUUAUGGCGUCAUUGCAAAAUCAUCCAUGCGUGUGAAGAGCCAUGCUUGUACCAUAGCGUUGGGAAUACCAUAAAUGGUAUCAACCUGUCCGCUGGCAAAACCGCUUUUAGUGUUGUAGUGCAAGAUAUUGGACGGGUCUUUGCCAUUGCAGUGGACGUGGAGGACAAUUACAUCUACUGGAGUGACUUUGGGGGUGGUACCAUCAAAAGAAUGGAUCUUCAGACGAACAUAAAAGAAAAUGUGACGAAAGGCGUCGGUAGAGUGGAAGGAAUAGCCAUAGACUGGAUUAGCAAAGACAUAUUUUGGACGGAUGCAACCAACAACCGAAUAGAAAUGGCGAAGGUUGACGGAAGUGACAGAAAGAUACUGUUUGACCGAGACAUUGACGAACCUCGAGGUAUAGCUGUUGAUUCGAUCAAUGGGUACAUUUUCUGGACAGAUUGGGGUUCAAGUCCUAAAAUUGAGAGAGCCACCUUAGACGGGAAGGAAAGGGUCACCAUUGUGGAAACGAGUUCCAGUUUUCCCUUGCAGUGGGUAAAUGGCGUAAUAGUGGACUACGCUGAUUCAAAGAGCGCAAUUUAUUGGGUCGACGCUGGUCCGGGCACCGGUGUGGUCGGCAGAGCUGAUCUGGACGGACACAAUCGAAAACUAUCAAAAAAAAUAACUAACAGUCUUCCGGUCGCUAUAGCACUUCACAACGGAACUGUCUACUUGUCUGAUAAAAAAGCAAAAAAAAUUCGGCUGGUGGACAAAACAAGCCUAGAAUAUCUUGGAAAUCUCGACCUGUCUUUCCCUGAAAUACAUGGAAUUACUGUAUUAGACGGAUCAAGGCAACCUCUAAAUCUGGUGGCUGUCAGUGUUACAUUGGAAAUGAAAAUGGAAGAGUGGGAGGAAGAGAAAUUUAAACAAGCAGUCGUGAAAGGGAUAAAAGACUACUGCUUUGAGGAUACAUGCAGUUACAAAUCAAGAAACACAACCAUUGCAAAGCAGUUAUGCAGCAUCUUUCCAAAUGAUUCCAACGCCAGUUCAGCUCAGAUCAGAGUCCUAAAGCAACCCGGAGAGUCUUCAGUUCUGAAUCAUACUGAAGUGGUUUUUUCACUCAUUCUUCGAACCCAAUCCAAUUCAUCCCGUAUGGUAAUUAAAAACAGCACUUUGGAUUAUAUCGUGCAAAAGAGUGUGUACUUUAUCAGCAAACAUUUAGGUGGUUACAAGGUUAUAUAUGUAAAUUGUAACCCUCCAUCAUUCGAAAAAUUUUGUAAUUAUACGGAACUCCCCAAGGAUAUCAAUGGAGAGGAGGUUGCGAAAGGAGUGUCGUCGAAAAAGGGAACCAUUGAUUCAAUAACAGCCGGAACAGUCACAAGUGGAAUAGUUAUCGUUAUCAUUAUCGCUUGCGUAUUUAUCUGGUGCAAAAGGCGGAGUAAUGGCGCAAAUGUAGGUGAUAGCCAAGAUGUAGCUGCCAAUAGCGAUAGUAAAGUGCAGGAUCAAAGCUAUUCUGGAAACAACAGAAUCCAUGGCAAAAAUUUUAGCAAAGAUGACCAAAAUACAGGUAAAACAGGAAAGAAACUUGACAACAACUACUGUCUAGGUUUGUCGAAUAAUAGGAAUUCUGUAAAUAACUUUGCAAUACAAGAGAGCCUCUCAAAUAAGGGGACAGGAGGACUGCAGCAUGGUGGAGCCAAUCGGAAUUCUGUUCGGAAAGAAAAGCAUACGUCUACGCAGUUACCCUGCCCUAACACAAAACGUGGAGCUUAA